AUGGCCAACUUCAACGACCGUGACGCUCGGAGAUUCUCCCUAUCUCCAACGGUCGCUGUGCGUGUGAGUAAUGGUCAAGCGUCAGUGGGGUCAACAUAUCAUCUCCCGUUGUCACUCUUGCGAAAGUACACGCACUUGUCCAACAAGCAAGGCGAAAUCAGCAUAAUCGACAUAAUCGCCCCUCCAAGCGUUUUUUCUGACUUUGUCGCCUGGCUAUACCGCCCGGAGUUCAUAAAAACAUAUCAGCUCCCUCUUCGUGGUGAGCAGUACCAGCAGUUGUGGGAGCUCGCACGUCGUCUGGAGGUCGAAGAGCUCAGGAACCAGAUGGUAGACCACGUCCAAAGUCUCCCCUUUGACGACAGCUUCAUUUCCAUCCUGAUGUCGUUCAAAACCGUUGGGCUGGUCACAACUGCACUGGUUGCCUACAUGUGGGACAAAGUGGUGUUUGAAAUUGCGGACAAGGGAUGGGCACAGUUCACACAGGUUGCCGAAAGCUCGUGGGAGCAUAUGAUGAGAAAUCCAGAGUCGUUCGCACCUCUCACAAAGAGGCUGAUGGAAAUGCUAAAGGAUGCCCACUUGGCCAAGACACAGGGUGCACUCGAAGACCCGGCGACAACGAUGAACUGCAAGUUCCAUGCGCAUACUGAAAAGCAAGCUGGAUUGCCCGCGGUAUCAGCCGGAGCCUCCACCAAAGAAGGCGAAAAUAACAAUCAAGCCGAAGGUGGCAGCGACAUGAUAUCGACUCGUGGAAAUGGUUCACCACUAGAUGGAUGUGCCUCAGCCCGACAGAAGUUCUUACUUCAAGCAAAGCUAUUAUGA